AUGUCGUACGGUGGCUUGGUUCUACACCGCUACGGGCUUGACAUAUUGCCAGAUCAAGCAGGGAGACGGCCGGCGGGAAAGAAGGCUCGCCGGAUUGUCGAACUGCUGCUCGAAGAACACUUUGUUCAACACCAUCCGAGGAUCGCCACGGAUUUCAAGUCGAACCUUAUUACUUCGGCCGAGCUUGACAUUGACCAAGGCGGUUAUACCAUCGUCUACCGGACCGAGGAUGAGGACGACCCCCAGCCGAAUGCGAGACGUUAUCGUGUCCGUUUGGCGCGUACCGCUUCGUUGACAGUCUCCGAGCUACUGGAUGAGCUAACUUCCACGAGGGCCGGAACUUUGCUUGGAUCCAAGGAAGAGAUAAUCCAAGCCUUGAACAUCGUCGUCGGGCAACAUCCCAAGGCAGCUUCACAAGUCGCGUCCAUUGGAUCGAAUCGGCACUAUGCGUUGAACGCCGCGGCUUCCGACAAAAUGUCACUUGGCGCGGGCCUGGCAGCGAUCCGCGGAUUCUUCAUCAGCGUUCGAGCCGCGACCGGCCGACUCCUCGUCAACGUCCAAGUCAAGCACGGAGCCUUCUACGAAGAAGGUCCUCUCGAGCGAAUCAUGUCGGCCCACCUAGCGAGUACCGAAUACAACAUUGUCAUCACCACUCCAGCCUUACCAGUAGUCAACGUCGGCACUCGAGAAAGGCCAUCCUAUUUGCCCGCUCAAGUCUGCCAUGUCAUUGCUGGUCAGGCUACCAACGCGCAGUUGACUCCUGCUCAGACACAACAGAUGAUUCGAUUUGCUAUCCGUCGACCAGCACAGAAUGCACAGUCGAUCGUCACUUCGGGGGCGCAGAUGUUGACGGCCAACAACCCGACACUUGAUGCAUUCGGAAUCAGCACCACCCCGAGAUUGAUGACUGUCUCGGGUCGGGUAUUGAACUCGCCAAACGUGCGGUACUGGGCACAACAGCCGAUCUCUACGAGAUUCGGCAGCUGGAACAUGGUCCAGGUUCAAUUCACCACCAAAGCCGACUUAAAGUCCUGGACAUAUCUCUGGAUCUCGUCGGAAUCGACCAGAGAUCCAUGGAGCCAUGAAGGGGAGCUACAAACUUCGGUCAAUGCUCUAACUUCCAAGCUCCGCGAAUUGGGUAUGACAUGUAGCGACUGCACGAGAGGCCUGCACAUCAUAGUCACUCCUAACACUAUCGAAUCGACGAUUGGUGAAGCACUUCAGCGACUCACCUCCAUUCCACAGAGGGAACGUCCGAAGCUCGUCCUUGUCAUCCUACCGUAUGUCGACGGUCCAAUCUACAACCGCGUGAAACACGCGUGUGACGUCAGGGAGGGACUUAUCAACGUUUGCGUGGUAGCUUCAAAGUUCGCAAGAGCGAACGAGCAAUACCUCGCCAACGUGGGCCUCAAGUUCAAUCUGAAGCUUGGUGGCCUGAACCAGAGCCUGGACCCAUCAAAGCUAGGCAUCUUGUCCGCGGGCAAAACGAUGGUUGUCGGAAUCGACGUCACCCAUCCGUCUCCCGGGUCGUUGGCGAGUGCUCCUAGCGUGGUUGGCAUCGUGGCCUCCGUCGACAAAUGGCUCGGUCAGUGGCCGGCGGCACUGGCCAUUCAGACUGCCCGGAAGGAGAUGGUGUCCGGACUGAAAGCCUUGAUCGAAUCGCGACUGAACCUGUGGAAAAAGCGCAAUGGUACGUACCCGGAAAACAUCCUCAUAUACCGCGACGGCGUAUCCGAGGGACAGUAUAAUCUGGUACUUGACGAGGAGCUGCCCGAGAUCCGUUCCGCUUGCACCACCUUGUAUCCUGCGUCGAUGAUGAAGCAGGGCGUCCCACGCAUCACCAUCAUCAUUGUCGGCAAGAGGCACAACACGCGAUUCUAUCCCACCAGGGCCGACCAGGCGGACCGCUCUUCCAACCCGCAGAACGGAACCGUGGUCGACCGUGGUGUGACGGAGGCGCGGAAUUGGGAUUUCUACAUGCAAGCACAUUCGGCGAUUCAGGGGACGGCAAGGCCGGCACACUACUACGUGGUCUUUGACGAGAUAUUCCAAGCGCGCAAAGUCCAGCCGCCGCAUUUCAGCAAUGCAGCGGACGUGCUCGAAGACCUGACGCAUAAUAUGUGUUACCUGUUCGGAAGGGCGACUAAGGCUGUCAGCAUCUGUCCGCCGGCGUACUACGCCGAUCUGGUGUGCGAACGCGCAAGGUGCUACUUGAGCGGGCUGUUCAGCCCGUCUGUCACCAGCUCGGCGGGUAGCAUGGCGGAAGGCGAAGAGGCCCCAUCGCGUGAGCCGGACUCAGCUUUGGUGACGAUCCACGAAAAUGUGCGCGACACCAUGUUCUAUCUCUGA